GGACAAAGCUAUGUUAACUUGUACAUUUUUCUGAAAUCAAAAUCAUUCACCCCUGUGUUUGAAACAACACACACAUGGAGGCGCAACCAUCACGUAAGCGACCGUUCUCCGACGGCGACGACGGUGGAGACGAUGACGAAUUCAACAAGAAACCUCCGCAAAAGAGGGUAAGGUUUCCUAAGGGAAAGAAGGUGAAGUUUAAUGAUGAAGUGGUGACAAAUGCACCCCCAGUUGCUGAUGAAGAACCGGCUGAGUUAAAAGAUACCCAACUUGUAGCCAAAGCACGGUCGAAACGACGGAACCAGAAUAAAGCUGGACUUGAUAUUGAAGCAACCGGAGAUCUUCUUGAUGAUGUAGCUGCUUCUGAAAUGCAUUAUGAGGAUGAUGAGCAACUCGAAGAUGAUGGAAUUCAGCUCGAACCCUUCAAUCUUGAACAAGAAAGGAAGGAAGGUUAUUUUGACCAGACAGGAAAUUAUGUUGAGUAUGUUAGUAACGACAUCAAGGAUGCAUGGCUUGAUAGCAUCGAUUCUAAUCCAAAUCUUGCACAAAGACAAUCUGUGGUCACUGACAUUGAAGUUGAAGCAGCUGACCUUACAAGUCAAGAUAUUGGAAAGAUUAAGAGACGGAUUGCUGAUGUGCUUGAAUCAGGGGAAACGGUUCUGCAAGCUUUAAGAAGGCUGAAAGGAAGUUCUGGUAGUAGAAAGGAAAAGAUGUCAGCUGAAACAAAAGUUGUGUUUGAUCAACUAACUGAAGAUGCCAUGAAACUGAUGGAGGAUGGCGAUUACAAUGUAUACGAUGAAAAACAGGAGGUCUUCCAGAGGGAAGCAGAGGGAUUUGAGAAGCUAGCACGGGCUAGAGGGGAGGGCUCUUCUUCAAGUUCAGCAAACGUGCAAUCCGAUUACUCCAUGGCCAGUGACUUCAAUCUGAAUGGAAUACAAGCAACAGAUAACACUUCGAACAAUGAGGAUAGCUUUGACAUGUUUGCAGAUAAUGAUGAUGAAAAGGCUACUGUCGAUCCAUCAAAUGGCACUGGGCCUACACAGAACGAUUAUGUAUUUGAUGAGUCUUCAGGGUAUUAUUACAGUAGCAGUUUGGGUUAUUAUUAUGACCCCACUUCAGGACUCUAUUGCAAUGCUGCAUCUGGGCAGUGGUACUCGUAUAACCAAGAGACCGGGGCAUAUGAUGAGGUACAAGCAGCAGCAGGAGACGCAAAUACAAGCUAGUGGAAUGUUAGGUUUACUCUCUUUCCCAUAUUUUGUACAAAGUAAAGAUGAGAUAUGUAACUGAAUCGCCUUUGAUCUCCAACCUUUACGGCUUAGCAUCUUUACGGUCCUACUAAACAGCCUUUGAUCUUUAAAAUUUACAGCUUAACAUUAUUACAGUUUUUAAGAUUUGGAAGUGUUGAGAUGAGUGUUGUAGAUGCAUGAAACCUUUAGUUAUCAGAGAAUUGUUUGGUUUAUGCAUUUGCUUCAAUAUGCCAAGGCUUCAUUGGUUGAGGACCACACUGUAGGGUGUAAAUGAGUCAAGCCAGAGCCGAUCAGCUUGAA